GCAGAAAUUAAAUCUUGUAUCGUUUCUAUUGGUUGACAAUGGUGAUAUAAUGGACAAUAUCCAGACGUUUUUCGACCAAUAUGUACAUCUUCCAAGUGAAAUAUCGAGCAAACACGACCAUGCCUACAUCAUUCUGAUCCUCCUUUCGGUUAUUUUGAUUCUCCUUCUUCUUAUCUGUAAUCUCUGUAUAUGCUACUUCAUCAGGCAACGAAGGCGUCGAGAGUUAAUCGACUAUCCAUCCAACACAUUACAAUAUAUCCCAUUUCCUCGGAACGUUCGAAAACCGUACCGAACCGAAUCGGGAACCUCAUCUUCAAAUCGUAUGAUGCUUCCGCCACGCCAACAUGUCUGAUCGGGUCUUUUUCUACUUAAUUUUUGUUUGAAAACAUUGUUUUUGUUUUUCAAUAAAUUAAACAUUUAAAUUUAA